AUGGCAACAAUAGAAAACUCUUCUGUAUCGUUGGAAUCAGUGACGAAAGCGAUCUAUCGUAUUGGUGGUCCGAUACUGUUCAUCUUUGGUAUUAUCAAUUGUACUAUUAAUCUAAUCGUUUUCCUGAGAAAAGCUCAUCGAAAAAAUCCAUGCUCGAUCUAUUUAGCAGCAGUGAAUCUUAUGAAUCUUCUAUACAUAUUUUUAUCCAUGUCGCUGGCAUGUAUAGCAAUCGGUUACGAUCUAAAUCUGUAUAGUCGAAGUCUAUUUAUAUGUCGUUUUGUAAACUAUGGUUCGUAUCUGUUCGAUAUUCUAAGUUCAACUUAUCUUAUUUUGGCUUCAAUCGAUCGCGUUUUCAUCACAUCUUCUAACGCUUUAACACGACAGCGAAGUACACGGCGAUUAGCUUGUAUUUCCAUCGCUACUGGAACGAUAUUUUGGAUGAUACUUCUUUGUCAUAUCUUGAUUUUCAUGGAUAUUCAAGAAAUUAGUCCUGGUUACUCCAUUUGUUACUAUCGAGCGGGUGUCUAUGUGGUUGUGAUGAAUUAUUACACUCUGAUUAUCAAAAUGAUUGUUGUGCCUUUGGUAUUGAUAAUUACUGGAAUAUGGACAACGAGAAACAUUCGAGAGGUACGUCAUCGAAGAAUUCUUCCUGAUGGUUCUAGCAUGGAAAAUCGCGAACAGUUCUUUUACAAUCGAAAAGAUCGACAGCUCAUCACGAUCAUCAUCGCAGAUAUAUGUUUGUAUGUGAUCUGGAGUGGAAUGUUAUCAAUAUCUACUAUAUACCAACGGAUUUCUGAAAUAGCAGCUUUCGCACGGACGAAUAUCUACUGGAUAUUUUUAGGAGCAUUUAUUUAUAAUCUGACAUUCUGUACGAAUUGUUAUGUUUAUUUAAUUGUGUCGAAGAAAUAUCGACAAGAAGUUAAGCGUAUAUUUUUGUGUAAAUAA